AUGGCUAGUGACGAAGCUGUUAUGAGCACUAACGAUGAUGCUUCGCAAUGCAAGCGUUUCGCUGUAGAUAAAGGCUAUUGGAUUGACCCUUAUAUCUCUAUGCUCGCGAUGCGAGGCUCGGAUAUCCACACGCCGGAGAUAAACCGAGGUUACUAUGCGCGUGUAAAAGGAAUUCAUCUUCUGCUUGAAAAGUUUCUUAAGCAUACCCAAUGUAACUGUCAAGUUAUAAACCUAGGAGCAGGAUAUGACACAACUUUUUGGCAAUUUAAAGACAAGAACCUGAUCCCAAAAUCUUAUAUUGAAGUGGAUUUCCAGAGUGUGACUGCAAAGAAAUGCCAUUACAUCAAAUCUCGAAAACGUCUUCUCCAAAAUUUGACUUCUGAAGAUGGUGAAAUCAAAUUUGAUCAUUAUGAUCUUCAUAGUGAUAUUUAUCAUUUAAUUGGUGCUGACCUUCGGAAUGUGAAUGAGUUAGAAGCCAAACUGAAGUCUUGUAAUGUUGACUACACGUUGCCAACUGUAUUUGUUACCGAGUGUGUUCUUGUAUAUAUGGAGACUAACCAUUCAAAUAAUUUGAUCAAAUGGAUUGCUGACAACUUCCAAACUGCCUUUUUCAUUAACUAUGAACAGGUUCAUAUGAAUGAUAAAUUUGGUCAGAUUAUGAUCUGUAAUCUGAAAGCUCGUCAAUGUGAUUUGCCUGGUGUAAGUGCUUGUACAGAUUUCCAGUCCCAAACUCAAAGAUUCUUGACAAAUGGCUGGGAAGUUGCUGACAUGGUAGAAAUGACUCAUGUUUACGCUAGUUUGCCACAAGCGGAUGUUCAGAGGAUCGAGAAAGUGGAAUUUCUAGAUGAGCAUGAACUGUUACAGCAGCUGCUCUCUCAUUAUUGUAUCACUUAUGCGUUCAAAGAUCCCAACAAGAUUGGCCUUUACACUGUGAAUUUCUCUCCUUGAAUGCUGACUCACCAUUACAAACAAUACAGAAAGAACUGCAGUUUGGAAUUUGUGUUUCUUUUUGAGUGUUUUUUUUUUCUGUGAUUUUUUUUUUUUUUAAUUUUGGAAAAUUCUUUUGUACCACCAAGAAUUUGUUCUUCCCCACAAAGUUGAAUUAUUUUAUAAAUACUUACAUAAUAAAAAUAACAAUUAAAAUCUAUUAUGUAAGUAUAUACUUACACACACAUCUGUAUAUUUUUCGUCAUAUUAUAUAAUAUAAUAUAUUAAUGUAUGUGAUAUUGUUGAUGUGUGCUGUAUUUUUACAUGAAAUAUAACAUCAGUUCUGAAAUGAUGAUGUCUGGAAACUUUAGCAAGCCUAUUUAUGAAAACUAAAUUUUUACAUUUAUUUGGAUUUAAAAAAUUUAUUUUAUCUUAAUAUGAUUUAAAAGUUCAAAAGACUGUUGUUAUAAAUGAAUUAAAUUUUUAUUAUAAUUAUAAUAUAUUAUGCUAAUGAGAAUAUUUUUUUCGGAAUAUUUUCCACUGAUGUCUGCACUUACUUUGUCUCUUUGAUAUCUAAAAUUAAAACAAUCUGAUGUUGAUCUCCAAAGAUGGUUAAAUUCUUCUGAAUAGCUUUAUUUCAGUUUUGCUUUUUUUUCGUGUGUGUGUGUGUGUGUGUGUGUAUGUUUGGUUUUUGUUGUUUUUUUUUUAUUUUAGAAUUAUUAUUAUUUUUUUUUUUUCUCUGUUAAAGAAUUAACAAUGACUAUUGAAUGUGUGCCAACUAAGAUUAAUUUCUGUCCAAAGACACAGGCAAGACUACAAUCAGAACUGGUGUAGAGAAAAUGUCUCCUAUUUAUGGAGAAAGUUUUAUCAACUAGAAAUAUAGUUCAUGAAACUAAUGUUGUCAUUGUUUUUUCAUGAAUAAAAUCACUUGCAAGUAUUUGUCUUUCCUA